AUGCGCUCUGUUCACAUUUCGCUGAACGUCCAGAAGUGCGCGGUGCUCCUUUUCACACCCUCUAGUUACCCUUCGAGCCCUGUGACGAUCGAUCUCAAGGUUGCUUCCGAGUCCAUCCGCCAGACGAACCUGCUGAAAUACCUCGGUGUCUGGUAUGAGGGACACUUGGACUGGGCCCACCAUCUGGAGGUUGUCAGCCAAAAAGCCACGAAGGCAUGUAGCCUUCUCUAUCGCUGCUCCAGCACCCGUAUUGGGAUGCGCAGAAACGCCCUCCUGCUCGUUUACAAGUGCUACAUCCGUCCUGUCCUGGAAUUCGGCUGCGUCCUUUUCUCCCACCUCCCUGAUUACCGCCUCCGAAGGCUCUUCAUCAUCGAGAGGAAGGCGCUACGUCUCUGUUUGGGCCUCCCUAAAUACACCUCGAAUCAAGCACUAUACUGCGAAGCACGCAUCCUCCCUCUGAAAUCACGUUUCCGUGUCCUGACAAUUAACACUUUCCUCUCCCUGUGCCAGAGCCCUUUGUCUUUGAGGCACAAUGAAGCCCUCAGGGACAUGCGUUAUUGGCUGGAUAGGCGAUGGCGCAAAUCAAACACCCCGCAGCUGGCCUUCGCCGAGCUUUUACUGAAACCUUUGGGUGUGUCGCUGACAGACGUCCCUCCGCCUUGCUGCCCCCUCUUCUGCCCAUCUGUGAAGGUUGAGGAUGCCUUUCAACCCGGCACCAGUUUUACAGACCACAACAAGCUUGAGGUAAUCCUCAAUCGCCACAUUGACCGCUUUCCUGAACACCUGGUGGUAGCAACUGACGCGUCCGUGUCUGGUCAGCGCGCCGGCGUGGGCCUCGUUUUCCCCCGUCUUGAUGGUCACUUCCCCAUCCGCCUCCCUGACUACAUCCCAGUCUUUGAGAGCGAAUUCCUCGCUAUUGUUCUGGCUCUUAGGAUGGUCCCUGCCCGCUAUUGCAAGACGCUGCUCCUAUCAGACUCCCUAUCAGUCAUCUCAUCUCUGGCGAACCCGUCUAGCCCACUGCUGCAAUUGCUUGCCUCCCUCACUCCGCCCCACAUCUCCGAGGUCGUGCUAACGUGGAUCCCCGGACACAAGGGCCUCACGCUCAAUGAAGCAGCCGACAGCCUGGCGAAGAUCUCCCUUACUGGGCCCAUCAUCGAUACCUUGCCACCGCUUCCCCAAAUCGUUAAAUCCAGAUACCGGAGAUUCUUGGAGCUUUCAGCGUGCCGCUCACUUCCCCCCAGAUACGACCACCUGUCAUCUCCAUGGCAGCCCGACUGCUGCUCCUCGCGCCUCAUAGAGGUAUUCUUAACGCGCGCCCGGUGCCUUGCCCUCCCACUAAACUUCUACCUGCAUCGGGCCGGCGUCCACGAUUCGCCAUUGUGCCCACACUGUGGACAGGACGAAACAGUGGAACACUUCUUCCUCCACUGUCGCCUCUACGAUCGACUUCGCCAGAACUAUCUGGUUCGCCCUCUGAAAAUGCAAGGCGCCCCCCUCUGCCUAGACUCUCUUCUAUCGUUCGGGUCUUCGCAUGCUGGGAGGUGGAACUGGACGGUAGCAUCUAGUGUGGCUGCCUUCAUGACUCUUAGCCAGCGCUUUUGA